CUACUUCGAAGCUCAACUGCUGAGUCAUGCUGGCUGGGUUUUUGUCAAUCUUUGAAACAAGGAUUCAUUCUUCUUUCUCUAAUAUUUAGGGUGUUCAUACUGGAGAGAAACCUUACAAAUGUAGAGAAUGUGGCAAAGCCUUUAGUAAGUCCUCCAACCUUAAUCGUCAUCAGCGUAUUCAUACUGGAGAGAAGCCUUACAAAUGCACAGAAUGUGGCAAAGCUUUCAUUGAGUUCGCAAAACUAAAACAACAUCAAACAGUUCAUACUGGAGAGAAGCCUUAUAAAUGUACAGAAUGUGACAAAGCCUUUAGGCGUUCCUCAACACUUAGAAUUCAUCGGAGAAUUCACACUGGGGAGAAACCUUACAAAUGUAGAGAACGUGGCAAAGUCUUUAGACAGGCCUCAAAACUUACUGAACAUCAGAGAAUUCAUUCUGGAGAGAAACCUUCUAAAUGUACAGAAUGUGGUAAAACCUUUAGGUGUUCCUCACGACUUAGAAUUCAUCAGAGAAUUCACACUGGGGAGAAACCUUACAAAUGUAGAGAAUGUGGCAAAGCCUUUAGUGCGUCCUCCCACCUUAAUAGACAUCAGAGAGUUCAUACUGGUGAAAAGCAAUACAAAUGUACAGAAUGUGGCAAAGCCUUUGGGGACUCCUCAUCCCUUCGUUAUCAUCGGAGCGUUCAUACUGGAGAGAAGCCUUUCAAAUGUGAAGAAUGUGGCAAGGCAUUCAGUUUGCCCUCAUUCCUUAAUUAUCAUCAGAGAGUUCAUACUGGAGAGAAGCCUUUCAAAUGUAAAGAAUGUGGCAAGGCAUUCAGUUUGGCAUCAUCCCUUAAUUAUCAUCAGAGAGUUCAUACUGGAGAGAAGCCUUAUAAAUGUAGAGAAUGUGGCAAAGCCUUCAGCCACUCUUCAUCCCUUAAUCAACAUCACAGAGUUCAUACUGGAGAGAAGCCUUAUAAAUGUAGAGAAUGUGGCAAAGCCUUCAGCCGCUCUUCAUCCCGUAAUCAACAUCAGAGAGUUCACCAUGGAGAGAAGCCUUAUAAAUGUAGAGAGUGUGCCAAAUACUUUUGCAACUCCUCAGUCCUUAGUAGGCAUCAGAGAGUUCAUUCUGGAGAGAAGCCUUAUAAAUGCAGAGAAUGUGGCAAAGCCUUCAACCGCUCUUCAUCCCUUAAUCAACAUCACAGAGUUCAUACUGGAGAGAAGCCUUAUAAAUGUAGAGAAUGUGCCAAAUACUUUCGCAACUCCUCAGUCCUUACUAGGCAUCAGAGAGUUCAUUCUGGAGAGAAGCCUUAUGAAUGCAGAGAAUGUGGCAAAGCUUAUAGCCAGUCCUCACAGCUUACUUCUCAUCAGAGAGUUCACACUGGAGAGAAACCUUAUAAAUGUAGAGAAUGCGACAAAUCCUUUGGCUCCUCUUCACAGCUUACUACACAUAAGAGAGUUCAUAGUGGAGAGAAGCCUUUCAAAUGUAAAGAAUGUGGCAAGGCAUUCAGGGUGGCAUCAUCCCUUCAUUAUCAUAAGGGAGUUCACCAAGGAGAGAAGCCUUAUAAAUGUAGAGAAUGUGGCAAAGCCUUCAGCUACUCUUCAUCCCUUAACCAACAUCACAGAGUUCAUACUGGUGAGAAGCCUUUCAAAUGUAAAGAAUGUGGCCAGGCAUUCAGUUUUGCAGCAUCUCUUAAUUAUCAUCAAAGAGUUCACCAUGGAGAGAAGCCUUAUAAAGGCAGAGAAUGUGGCAAAGCCUAUAGCCAGUCCUCACUGCUUACUUCUCAUCAGAGCGUUCACACUGGAGAGAAACCUUAUAAAUGUAGAGAAUGCGCCAAAUCCUUUGGCACCUCCUCAGAGCUUACUAGGCAUCAGAGAGUUCAUUCUGGAGAGAAACCUUAUAAAUGCCGAGAAUGUGGCAAAGCCUUCAGGCAGUCCUCACACCUUAGACAUCAUCAGAGAGUUCUCCAUGGAGAGAAGCCUUAUAAAUGUAGAGAAUGUGGCAAGUCCUUUGGCUUCUCUGCAGACCUUACUAUGCAUCAGAGAGUUCAUUCGGAGAAGCCUUAUAAAUCUAAUGAAUGUGACAAAGCCCUUAUCAAGUCCUCAUCUCUUAAUUAUCAUCAGAGGGUUCACACCGGAGAGAAGCCUUGUACAUGUAGAGAAUGUGGCAAAGCCUUCACUGGGUCAUCAAACCUUAUCAGCCACCAGAGAAUUCAUACUGGAGAGAAGCCGUGUAAAUGUAAUGAAUGUGGCAAAGCCUUCAGCCAGUCCUCAUCCCUUUCUUGUCCUCAGAGAGUUCACACUGGAGAGAAGCCUUAUGAAUGUAGAGAAUGCAGCAAAUCCUUUGGCAGCUCCUCAGAUCUUACAAAGCAUCAGAGAGUUCAUUCUGGAGAGAAGCCUUAUAAAUGUAGAAAAUGAAACAAAGCCAUUUAUCAGUGUUCCUGUGUUCCUGUACAACAGAGAGUUCAUAAUUGUGAGAAGUUUUUCAGAUGUGAGGAGUGUGGUAAGUCCUUGACCAGCUGUGAGAACUUACUGAAUAUCACAAUUCAUACUGGAGAGAAGCCUUAUGAAUGUGAAAAAUGUGAAAAGCCUUUAAAAGCCAAUGUAUUACUGUACUUGAUCAACCUCAGAACAAAAAGAUACCUUACAGAUGUAGAGAAUGGGUUAGAGCAUUUACCCAUAGCUUAAAAUUUACAUCAGAGAUUUUAUAGUGGAGGGAAGCCUUAUAUUGUAAAAAAUGUGAGAAAGCCAUUAGCGUUUGGUCAUCUUUACUGAACAUUUUAGGAAUCAUUCUGAAGAGAAACAGCAGUAAUAUAAAGUUUUCAUCCAAAGAUUUAACCAUGGUUGAAUCAUCAUUGAAAAUGAUAAAAUUGAGCCUUAAAAAUUAUGAGGCAUAUGUCAAAGUGUAUAUCCUUAUUUGUAUCUCAUACAACAUCUGGUAAUUAUUAUUGGAUCAAAGUCCAGCAGAUAUAAAGAAUGUGACAAAGCUUACUUAGUAUGCAAACCUUACACGUCAGAAUUCAAACUGGGGAGAAACAAUACAAAUUUAAACAGUGUCCUACAGACUUUAAUCAGCAUCUGUAGCUGAUUCCUCACAUUGGAAUUCAUUCUAGAGCAGGGGUGGGCAAACUAUUUGACUCGAGGGCCACAAUGGGUUCUUAAACUGGACCGGAGGGCCGGAAAAAAGCAUGGAUGGAGUGUUUGUGUGAACUAAUAUAAAUUCAAAGUAAACAUCAUUAUAUAAA